AUGCCGCAAAGCACCACCCGCUCCGCGAUGCUGCACCGUCGCUUCCUCAAGGAAUGCAGCAUUCAAGAAAAGAUCAACUUUGAAAUCCACAUGCGAGAAGGAAUUUGUAAACUGCUUACAGUAAGCACUCAAAAAAAUCAAAUUUUGCAAGCAGUUAAAAACCUGAUGGUUUGCAAUGAUCGUAUACUUAUCUACAGGACAGAGCUCCAGAAACAAAAAGAGCCAAUCACACGUGCAAAUGAAGGAUGGUUAGUAGAAGUCGGGAGUUUUCUAUUGCAAACUGAGACUCUUGGUAUUCAUCCAUUCAAAAAGCAUGCAGUGUGCAAAGGAAGGGUUGCCAUAUCAGAUAUCCAAGUACCAUUAAUGUGGAAAGACUCUGAUCACUUCAACAAUAAAGAAAGAUCACAGCGCUAUGCAAUUUUGCUUAUUCAAAUGGGAGCUAAGGUUUUUGAUACAGAUGUGGCUAUUGAGGAUAAAGCAGUAACUGAUAUCUGUUUUGAAAAUGUAACCAUGUUCAAUGAAGCAGGACCUGACUUCCAGCUGAAGAUUGAAGUAUAUAGUUGCUGUAUGGAUGAGUCUUCAUCUGUAACAAACACUCCUAAAAAGCUAGCCAAGAAACUCAAAACAUCAAUUGGCAAAGUUACUGGGAAGAAAUUCAAAUCUCUGCCAGAAGACAACUCUGAAUCCUUUUUGUUCACUGACCCACGCAUACUAAAGACACGUCUUUCAGCUAGACAAAAUUACUUAAUCAGUCCACAAACGUUCUUUUCCCGACACCUAUCAACAAAAAAAUCUCUAAUCAAUAUUGGGUGCCUGUCCUGCAGAGUUUCCAACAGGCUCUACUCACGGUGCUCCAGGCUGAUUCAACUGCUGCUGCCCUUGGGGAAUGCUUUCGCUCCCAUGCCUCUGCACAAGAAUUGGCUCUGUCGCUCAAACUUCCUCUCUCGGCUUCAGCUCCUCCGCCUUCUGGGGAAAAGCAAGAAAUCUUCUUUCUGGCUUCCUUUGUAUGGAAGCAUGUGCUGCUGUUUAGUUGUUCAACCAUCCUGCAUGACUGACGAUGUAAUGAUGGGAUUUCUUCAUCAUCAGGAAACCACAAUCCGUGCUGUGCAUAAGGAUUCCAAGAAAACUCAUAAUUUUUCUAUUAUUAAUCCUGUGGCUGGAGAGGCUGUGACUCAAAUUUUUGCAGCUGACAAUAGGGAAGAACUUCAUAAGUGGAUGGAAGCUUUUUGGCAGCAUUUCAAUGAUUUAGGCCAUUGGAAACAUUGUUGCGAAUAAUUAAUGAAAAUUGAGAUUAUGUCACCAUGGAAACCACCUUUGUUCUUGACAAAAGAGGCAACCUCAGUCUACCAUGAUAUAAGCAUUGAUUCACCAAAGAAACACGAGGGCUUAGUUGACAUUAUACAAAGAAAAAUUGAGGAAACUGAGGGAGAGUUCCUGAUCGGCCAGCAGAAAGAGUCUGUACCUUCUCUUUGGGCCCCCAUAUUUGCUGGUGCUCACCAGAUGCUUGUCCAGAAAAGUAUUGUACUUCCAUGUGAAACUACUAGUCCUAAUGAUAGCAAAGGGAAGAAAAGAAGAGCUCCACUGCCACCAACUGAUAAGCCACCAUACAGCUCAAAAACACAGAUGAACACAGACCAGUUGGACAAGGAGAACUUUGGGAAGAAGUCUGCCAUUACACAUAGGACCUCUUCUUCUUUUGAUUCCAAGUUAUCUUCCGUAAUGCAUCACUUGCAGAAGCCCAUUGCUGCUCCUCGCAAACUGGGACCUUGUGGAAAAAGCAGCCUACCUGACAGUGAAAAUCCCCUCUUUUCAGUUACUGAAAGAGAGUUUGAAGCCAAACCAGUACCAGCUCCUAGGAAGAAACCUGUGAAAGAAAUGCUAGACCCUAGAUCCUGGAUGGAGUCACAAAUGUAA